UAAAGCACGCCACGCCAGCGCCAUGCUCAGCGCCCAAGAGCGCGCCCACAUAGCUCAGGUCUGGGACCUGAUCGCCGGCCACGAGGCGUCCUUCGGGGCGGAGCUGCUGCUCAGGCUCUUCACUGUGUACCCUAGCACCAAGGUCUACUUCAGACACCUGGGUGACCAGCCAGACGAGGUGCAGCUGCUGAGCCACGGUCAACGCAUGCUCCAGGCGGUGGGCGUGGCCGUGCAGUACAUGGACAACUUGCACGCAGUCCUGAGCCCGCUUGCGGACCUGCACGCACAAGUGCUGCGCGUGGACCCCACCAACUUCCCACUGGUGAUCCAGUGUUUCCAGGUGGUGCUGGCCUCCCACCUGCAGGGCGAAUACACGGUGGAGAUGCAGGCGGCGUGGGAUAAGUUCCUGACGGGCGUGGCCGUGGUGCUGACGGAGAAGUACCGCUGAGUUCCGUGCCCCGCGGGUCUAGGUCAGCGAAAUUCAAUAAACAGGCCUCAAUAGGCUGGAA